AUGACGAGGGCGUCGUUCAGUGUCUCAACCACCGCAGCUCAGUCGGUCACUCAAUUUCAAGAAAAAGUCUACGUCCUAUUGCUUCAAAUCCCCAAAGGCCGUGUCACCACUUACGGCGCUAUCGCUCGCGCGCUCAAAACCUCUCCCCGAGCUGUUGGCAACGCUCUGCGCAAUAACCCGUUUGCGCCCGACGUCCCUUGCCAUAGGUGUGUGGGCAGCACCGGAUUCAUAACGGGGUUUGAUGGUGAGAGCAUUGAUAAGAAGAACUUCAAAAGAUCGAGGGAUGGACAGGUCCAGGGGGCUGCACACCAGAGUAAGCCUCGCGGGCCAAAGAUAUCACCGGUGCAGCCUGCUGGCACUAAGCUUAGUCUAAAGAUACAAAUAUUGAAUGACGAGGGAGUUCAAAUCGAUAGCAAGGGCAUGGUUAUGAAUCGAAAAAAAGUGCUUUGGGACGGACCGUGGAAUAUGGAUGCCAUUCAAGAUGACAUCAAAUCAGCGUGUUAA